UGAACAGAGGAGGGCUUUUAUGCUCCAUGCUACAGCCCAGAGAGUCUCAGAGGGGGAGAGACACUCUAGCUCUCUUUCACUCUCUUUCUCCGGCGAGCGGGGAUCCAGAGCGAGGGAAACAGACAGAUGAGAGUAACACAGCGCGGGGGGAGAAACAUCCGUCUGCAGGAGGAAGUGCACACCUUUGAUGAGCCUUCAAUACAACAACCAGCUUUUGAAAUGUUGCUUUUAAUAUGAAAAAAAGGACUUCAGCUUUUGGAAAGAGUGGAUAUUAAGUUGUUGAGGAUUACCAUGGACUGGGUGUAUCUAUUAACCCUAACCCUUUAAACAUUGGUUCUCACCUGUUGGAUCAAUGGUGGAGGGAAGAAAAAUACAACAUCUUAAGAAACAUCUCUUUUCCUUACAAAGUUAAACAUCAAGAUCAAGAUUAUGGAUUUCUUUUUUUUUUUUUUUUGGAGGGAACUGUACAAAAUGAAUAUUUUGAGCGGACCACAUGGACACUCCAGGCUACUCCACACUUUCAAACGGACUGUACACCUGUGCAUUUGAGUGUAUUGUGGGUGUGCUUUUUUUGCGCCCACAGUGUACAGUGGUUUGACGCAUUGAAAGUGAGAGGGGACAAUUUUCCUGACCGUUCUUUCUUUACAAUGAGAGUUCCAGUCGGUUGGUCUGCAAUUUCCUGUCUUUGUCGUCUGGUCUUCCUCUGUGUUGUCGCACAGAGUUCUUAUGGGACCCGUGUUGAUUUGAGCCCUAACACUAACCCCAACCCAAGCCUGUUCCCUUAUCCACGGCUAAAGUCAACACCUGAACCAACCUUUUUGCCUAGCUCCAGUUCUGAAAAAAGCAUUUCUCCACUGAAUCCCCGUCCACUCUUGAGCUCACUCAAAGAUCUCCAGAGCAAGUCACAGGUAAAGCCAAGGCUUGACACCAUGUCCUUUCUCAGUGACAACCAUAGGGCCAACACAAACGUUCCACUUGGAAUCCCCCCGGACACAUCAACGUCAAACAGUAGACCCACGCUACAGGAUGCAUCCAGAGAACAGAGUUCUAAUUCAAGGCAGGGGUUGGUAGACAAUUCAAAUUCUAAUCAAUUGGAAAGAAAUUAUUUAAACGUUCCCAAGAAAUCUUCAAAAUUCAUCCCUAAAACCAAUACAAAACCAAGGCUUGGAUUACUGUCGCAGUCAACGCCAAAAGCAUUCUCCAACUUUAAGGUAGUAACUAAUAAUUCUCAGUCAUUUCUCAACACUACUUUAUUGUCUAGUCUUCAUCAAAAGUCUGACUUGUCUGGUACAAUGAACCCGAGAACCUACUACAAUGCCAGUCCAGCUUCAUUGUCCAAUCCUAAAUCGGAAUUUAGACGUUCACAAGUAAAUACAAAUGCCAAAUCCGACCCCAAGGUCUCAUUCACAAACUCAAGAGGAUCAAUCAGAGUAAAGAAGAACGAGACCAAGGUGUUGGAGAACGACAAGGAUUCCAAACAUCGGCCCAAGAAAAGCUGGAUCUGGAACCAGUUUUUUGUUCUGGAAGAACACAUCGGACCUGAACCUCAGCAUGUUGGAAAGCUCCACUCCAACUCCGACAAGGCUGAUGGUUCUGUGCGCUACAUCCUGUCGGGGGAGGGGGCUGGGUCCAUCUUCAUCAUUGACGAGAUAACGGGUGACAUCCACGCAGCGAGGAGCCUGGACCGGGAGAGGAAGCCUCAGUAUGUGCUCCAUGCCAGGGCCGUGGAGCGGCAGACCAACCGCUCCCUGGAGGCGGAGUCAGAGUUCAUCAUCAAGGUCCAGGAUGUCAACGACAACGCCCCCACGUUCCCUAAAGGACCCUUCAACGCAACUGUGCCUGAGAGGUCAGAAGUUGGAACGUCAGUCUUGCAGGUGAGCGCCUCAGAUGCAGACGAUCCGACCUACGGGAACAGUGCCAAGAUAGUUUACAGUGUCCUGCAGGGACAGCCCUUCUUCUCUGUGGACCCCAACACAGGAAUCAUCCGAACAGCCAUCUCCAACAUGGACCGUGAGUCCAGUGUUCAGUAUGCGGUGGUGGUCCAGGCCAAAGACAUGGCGGGCUCGGUUGGAGGACUGUCUGGAUCUACUACAGUCAACGUCAACCUCACGGACGUCAAUGACAACCCUCCAAAGUUCCUGCAGAGAAGCUACCAGCUGUAUGUUCCAGAGCUGGCUCCGGUAGGGAAGGCAGUGGGUCGGAUCAGAGCCAGCGAUCAAGAUGAGGGGCAGAACGCUGAGAUGACCUACAGAAUAACUAAUGCUGAUGCAGCGGCCAUCUUCACCAUCACCACUGACGCUGAGCGCAGGGAGGGCAUCGUUUCCCUGAAGCAGCCUUUGAACUAUGAGAAGAGAAAAGUUCACACACUCAACAUCGAAGGUUCCAACACUCAUCCAGAUGCCCGUUUCUCCCACCUGGGGCCAUUUAAGGAUUCCACCACGCUGCGAGUCAUUGUGGGUGACGUGGAUGAGCCUCCUGUCUUCUCCAUGGACUACUACAUCAUGGACACGUAUGAAAACUCAGCUGUCGGCACCCAGGUUGGCACUGUAACCGCUGUGGACCCAGAUAGCACCAACAGCGCUAUCCGGUACUUCAUAGAAAAUGAAGAGGAAAGACCUUUGUAUUUCAAUAUCGGGGUGAACAGCGGCAUCAUCAGGACUUCUCAGGUUCUGGACCGGGAGGAGACCGCGUGGCAUAACAUCACUGUGAUGGCUGCAGAGGUUGAUAUCGUGAGGAUGGUCAAACCAAGUGGGAAGUAUGCUGAUAACCCCGGUAUGGUGACUCACGUCCCUGUCACCGUCCAGGUCCUGGACGUCAAUGACAACAUUCCAGCCAUCGCCGGGGGCAACAGUGCCGUCAUAGUGUGCGAGGGCACCAAAUACGGGCAGCUGAUUCAGACCCUCCGAGCUGCAGAUCUGGACAACUUUGCAAAUGGAAAGUUUUCCUUUUACUUUCCUGCUGGGAUUCCAACCAACCCAGAUUUUACUGUGAAGGACAAUGGAGACCACACUGCCAGUAUAAUCUCUCAGCGGCGGGAGGGCUUCAGUCAGGACCGGGACCAGGAGGUCUUCAGCCUGGUGCUGGUGGUGGCUGAUGGGGGGGAGCCCCCUCUCAGCAGCACUGCUACGCUCUCCCUGAGGGUGUGUGUGUGUCAGAGGAACACCAGGGGGCGCCACAACAGCGUCUGUCAGGCCGAGGCCUUCCUGUCCUCAGCUGGUCUCAGCAUCGGGGCUUUUGUGGCUAUUAUGCUUUGUAUCGUCAUAUUAAUAACCAUAGUGAUGCUAUUCACCCAGCUCCGAAAUAAGAAAGCGAGUAAAGAGCCCUUAAUUCUUUCCGAAGAGGACAUCAGAGAAAACGUGGUGACCUAUGACGACGAGGGGGGCGGAGAGGAAGACACGGAGGCCUUUGACAUUGCCGCACUUCGAAAUCCCCAAAACUCAGAGACCCUGAGGAAGUUCCACAGUUACCAUGGCUACAGACCAAGCCCGUACGAAGAGGAUGAGCCGGAGGAGGACGAGAUGGAGUAUGACGAGGACGGGGUCCUGGUGCUGAGGAGGGGGACGGCUCAGGAGGUGGAUUAUGGGAACUACAAAGCAGGGCCAGAAACGUCCUGGUUUGUCCUUGACUGCGUUCCUCAAGAGAUCAGCCAAUCGGCACCCUCCCUUCUGCUGCAGGGUCAGGACAUCAUUCAGCAGAUCCUGGAGCAGAAGGUUGUCCAGGCAGACUCAGACACACGCGGUCCACCUUAUGACUCGCUACAGACGUACGCCUAUGAGGGCCGGGGGUCCUUGACAGGGUCCGUCAGCUCUCUGGGCCUGACCGGUGCAAUGCCCGAACUAAACUAUGCCUUCCUGGAAGAAUGGGAGUCAGAUAGGCAAAGACUGGAACACCUGGUCGGAGAGCAGCUGGGUACAGAUCAAGCUAACACUGACUAAGACGUUUUGUCUUUUUCUUUUUUUGUUACUGUUAGCAAGACUUUCUGAACCAGAUGCUUUCUACUUGUGGUAUUCAACCUGAGUGCCAAGAAGCAAAAGACUGCCGCAAAAACUGGCAAUUAGGAAUUGAGAUGUCAUAUGAAACCUGAGAAUAAGAAAAGGCAUUUUCUAUGUGUGACAGGUUCAAAGAACAAAGGCUUCUGGUCUUCAUCUUCACUGUUACCAAAACGGUUAAAACCCCUUGCACAGCUACCCUGGAGAUAAUUACUGUAUAAGCUAGGAGCCCAGUGAUCCAAUUAUCAGACAUGUUUCAUUGGCUUGAAAUAUGGAAACAGGAAGUUUCACUAAUUUCACAUUCAUUAAAGGUCACCUAGUGUGCAA